AUGAUCUCUCUUCCUAAGCCUCCUUACAUUCCAGCAGGGCUUAGGAUCGUCCUCAGCCUCUCUCUUUUCGACUUUGGACUUUUCGGAAAGUCAGCAUCUCAGACAUCUAUCACCGCCAAACGUAUCGACAUAAAAUGGCUGAUCCCGCGAUACCGCCAAUGCCUGCGUAUGUGCAUUGCCCCUGGGAAUCUACCCGUCGAUGCCAUCGCUAACGUUAGAAGCCUCUGGGGCGAGGAAUAUUACGCCGAUGCGACCAUCAAGAUGGGACAGAAGACCUGGCACGUUCAUCGCGUUGUUGUCUGCAAGCAGUCGAAGUACUUCGAGAAAGCCUUUGAGGGCGGAUUUAAGGCGAGCGAACCUGAGCUGGCCACCUCAGCAGCUGACAGAAGUAGCGAGUUCCUGGAGGAAGACGUCGACGCAAUGCUCAAGUAUCUCUACUUCCAUAAGCUCGAAAUGCACCAGCAAAAGGACCCGAUCACAACCUUUGUCGUCGCCGACUACUUCCAAGUCACGUCGCUCCGAGCCAAAGCCAUCAACGAGCUGACCAUGGGCCUCGGACAGCUCGCCAAAAAGAAGUACUUUGCCAACUUCAAGAAGUGGUCCCACCUCAUUCUUGAACAGCACGCAGACACGCAGCUGGAGCGGACUAUGAUCAAGGUCAUAGCCGAGAACUUGCAGAUGGUCAUGCACGAAAGCGGCGCCUGGGACGAGCUUACAGAUGCCUACCCCUUACUUUGCAAGAAGGUCCUCGCCGAGAUGAUUCCCAAGCCUACCGAGGCUGACACCGUCAAGCGACCUGCGGGAGUCGCUUUUGACGAUACCUACCAUCUGAGGUCGGGUUCGAACAAGCGUGGCUUUCGGCCGGGAUCGACAUUCUACUGA